CUGAGCGAGGUUGGCAUUGCUCCGAGUUUAAUUUAUAGAGUACAAUCUAUUAUGUCUCAACGAUAUUAUGGAGAUAUUACUAUAGUUCCCAACCUUUCAUAUACUGAUUUUUUGAAGAUUCUUUCUAAUCCUACUCCGCAAUCCAUGCGAGAAGCUACGUUAAGAGGUGAAAGGGCCACUUGGCUAAAAAUUUCUAUUAUUAAAAAUCAUUGUCAAAUAGAAUUGACAUUGGACGAAAUUGUCUUUCGACUUCGUCGUCGCCUGCUUGAUGAUUCAUUUGCCCUCCGUAAUGCUGCAGGACUUGAUGAUGAAGAUGUAGAAACUCAGAGACGAGAUUUUAUUUCUGAUAAUUCAAAUCAAUCAGAAAAUCAAGUUAGACGUAAUCGCGAACGUCCAAAAGUUCAACCUUUUUCAACAACUAGUAUUGUAAGUCAGUGA